GGGAGAGAGCAAUUGCAGCACGUCUAGUUCCAGGCAAAGCCCCACGAGCCCAACAAACAAACCCUCUCCCCCUCCCCCCCUCCCUCCUCUCGUCUCUUAAAAAGCCCUCGCCAUCACCUCCUCGCCGGCAUCAAACAACCACGCACCCAGUCCAACCAAAUCGGCCGCCAGGAUGAAGGGCGGCGACGUCAGCAGCAUUAGCCCGCUGGUCUCCUUCGUCCUCGGCGCUGCCAUGGCAACCGUCUGCGUCCUCUUCUUCAUGUCCGCAAGCCCCACCAGGCGCCUCGCCGACAUCUCCGCCUUCUCCACCGGCAACUCCACCGCAAGCACGGACGACCUCCGCCUCGCCUCCUCCGCCGACAGCGGGGUGGCCGACGGCGACGGCGACGUCGUCAGCGCCACCCCCGCGCCGGCGCCGGCUCCGGUCGAGGCGGCGUCGCCGUGGGGCGACCUGGAGGAAGUGCUGCGGCGUGCGGCGACCAAGGACCGGACGGUGAUCAUGACGCAGAUCAACGCGGCGUGGACGCGCCCGGGCUCCCUGCUCGACCUCUUCUUCGAGAGCUUCCGCACCGGGGAGGGCGGCGUGGCGCGCCUGCUGGACCACCUGGUCAUCGUCACCAUGGACCCGGCCGCAUACCAGGGCUGCCAGGCAGUGCACCGCCACUGCUACUUCCUCCGCACCUCCAACGGCGUCGACUACCGAUCAGAGAAGAUGUUCAUGAGCAAGGACUACCUCGAGAUGAUGUGGGGAAGGAACCGGUUCCAGCAGACCGUGCUCGAGCUCGGAUACAACUUCCUCUUCACGGACGUGGACGUGAUGUGGUUCCGGGACCCUUUCCGGCACAUCUCGAUGGCGGCGGACAUCGCCAUCUCCAGCGACGUGUACAUGGGCGACCCCUACAGCCUGCGCAACUUCCCCAACGGCGGCUUCCUCUUCGUGCGGUCGUCGGCCAAGACCCUCGACUUCUACCGGGCGUGGCAGCAGGGGCGGUGGCGCUUCUUCGGGAAGCACGAGCAGGACGUGUUCAACCUGAUCAAGCACGAGCAGUCCGCCAAGCUCGACCUCGCCAUCCAGUUCCUCGACACCACCUACAUCAGCGGAUUCUGCCAGCUCAGCAAGGACCUCAACAAGAUCUGCACGCUCCACGCCAACUGCUGCGUCGGGCUCGGGGCCAAGCUCCACGACCUCCGGGGCGUCCUCGACGUCUGGAGGAACUACACCGCUGGGACACCAGAGGAGCGCCGCGCCGGAAAGUUCCAGUGGAAGCUCCCAGGCAUCUGCAUCCACUGAUCAUCAGACGUCGGUGGCGAACUUCUGGUGGUAGCUUUGUAGGUCCGAUGAUGAUCCAUUCGUUCGAUCGAGAUCGGCCGGUGCACAUGUGACUGGAUGUGCACGGCGAGGCCACUUCCAGCGCAUCAUUCAGGUGGCUGCCCGAUCACACAUUGCUUCUUGUCCAUUCUUUCUCUGCUGCUUCUUGGCGUAAAGAGUUGAAAAAAGAUUCAGGAGAGGUAGAUUUGAUUCUUUUGAUUUGUGAUGAAAGCUGCUCCCUCCGUUCCUUCCGAUUUGGCUUUUCUAGAUACAUAGAUAUUAUUAUGUAUUAAUCUGGAAAAAUCAAAACGACGUACGAUUUGGAACGGAGGGAGCAGGUAGAAUCGACAACAUACGGUUAAGUUAUACUGCUGCUACUUAUAUAUGUAUGUACACAGCACAGCUUAUAUAUGCACACACUAUAUAUGUAUCCUUGCUCUCUGCAA